AUAAAUGGCACACAUUAGAAUUACAGAUAAAAGUGUUCACAAGUAAACAUGAGCUACGCAACGAAAGUAGUAAUAGUGACGGGUUCCAGCUCCGGUAUCGGAGCGGCCGCCGCCAUCGAAUUUGCCAAAGAAGGUGCAAGCGUCGUUAUAGUCGGAAGAAAUGAAACGAAACUUAAAAGCGUAAGCGAAGAAUGCGAAAAACUUGGCAAAAAACCUCUCGUUCUUAAAGUAGACGUUUCCAACGAAGUCGAAGCUAAAAGUGUUAUAGAUAAAACAGUUGAACAUUUCGGUAAGUUGGAUAUUUUGGUGAACAACGCAGGCGUGGGUUAUAAUUUUGAUAUUGUUAAUGAUGGAUUUAUGGAAAACUUCGAUAAUGUAAUGAAUCUUAACUUACGUGCUGCCGUUUAUUUAACGCAUCUGGCGAUACCACACUUGAUACAGACGAAAGGAAACAUUAUCAACAUAUCAAGUGUCGCUGGAACAUCUGUAAGUGCGGGACCUGUUGGUCUAAUUUCAUACUGCACUUCAAAAGCAGCAUUAAACCAUUUCUCCCGAUGCGUUGCGGCGAGACUUGCCUCCUACGGUAUACGUGUCAAUGUAAUCAGCCCGGGCCCAGUUAGAACUGAUAUCCUGGAAAAUUCCAAAAGUCCUUUAUCUUGGGAUAUAUAUAAAGAAGCAACAGUACUAAAGAGAGUAAGCGAGCCAAAAGAAGUCGCAGAUUUAAUUGUAUUCUUAGCCGGCGAUAAAGCAAAAGGAAUCACAGGUUCUGAGUACAUUGUUGAUAACGGAUACUUAAUUAAUUAAGAAACGGAUUAUGAUGUCUCACGAAAGUUUAAACAAUUUAAC